CUGGAGCGAUGAUCAACGUCCUUGCAGUCUGUAAGAACAUCACUUUUCUAUGACUAUGACUACUAAGAAUCUAGAUAUUUAACGCUUUACACUGGUGUCUGUUCAAAGUCUCCCGUGAUGGAAUCAUAAUAUAGUUGGUUUAUCAUGGGGAACAAGUACAGAGUACAACGUCGCCUUGUGGAGGUCUUUCUAGAAUGAUGAGGAAUUAUUUACUUGAAGCCAAACUUUCUGAAUGUGACGAACAAAUGCAGAAGUUGGACAAACCAGAACUUCUUCGAUAAUGCUUUAUUGAGAAAGAAGAUGGUCCAAGUGUGAGUGAUGUGGAAAGGCACCUUCGUCUUUCAAGCAUGAGAAGUGCACACAGAGAAUUGGACUCAUAUGUGCAAGAACCUUAGUAAUAGUCUGGCCCUCGAACCCGAAAAAUAUCAUCGAUCGUCAUCGUCAUCAUCAUAAUUCUCGGUGCAAAGCAUUUGCCCCGAAGUGGCCAUAGAUCCACACAACACGCAAAGUCCCCCGACGACUGGGACUUCUGUCUAGAUCAUGCUAUCGAUUCUCCUACUCCCGAGGAGUAUUAGAUCUCGGAUCGUCGGAUUCUUCACACCUCUUUACAGAAUACGUAGUUUCGUCGAUGCGGAAGGUACUGUUAGGGGGAAAAGACGAAGAGUAAAUGACAAGUAGUUAUCUUGUACAGUAUACGGAGUACGAUUGCAUGUGGUAAUGUGCUUGAUGUAGAGGUUUCGAUUGAUUUCACCCGAUCUUGGCUUCUCGAUCUCACACGAUCUCGAAUCACUGGCGGAAAGUAGACAGAAGGGUCGAUCGUGCAGCCGGUAAAUGUACAAUAUGGGAAAAUGAUGUGGAUUGAUUUCUGAAAGCUGCAAGGCGCUGAUCCACACCGUCUUCAAUAGUCCUGGGGCUAUCGAGCAUCAGGUCUUUGAACAUGGAGCUCGAAGGGACACUGUGGUGGCUGACUGACUUACUGCAGGGUGGCUUCGCUCCGAGGGAGGCAAGGAUAACGCAAGAAUGCUUUGAUUCCAUACAGUCUUGCUUUUGCCGGGGGCUCCUCAUUUCUCCACACUUUAAAGACGAUGAAUGGUCGCCGACUGCGCAUCCGCGAGAUACAGCACCGCGUCCACUGGAUGAGCACGCAGCGUCAAUGAGACGUGGACACGUAGAAAUCUACUGCCUGCGACCUCCUCGUCGUCCGCCUAAAGCUGUAAACUCAUUGUACUUUCGUUUUCUCGAAGAAAGAACCUCGUUUAGCUCGAACCGUCUAUGGCAGCUGCCGGUUCCGAAGGUGGGUGAUAGCCGGGCCUGUAACCUCGGAUCUAUCCAAGUCGAGCAGAGAGAACAGAAAACUCGUCACGGUACAGAGCUUGCAGCCGCCGUGUACGUCGCUAGCUGCACUCAACUGGAGUGUUCUUGUGCGAUUUUCUUCAAUGUCUGAUUCAAAGCUUGAAUGCUGAACCGAGACUAGCGUGGACCUGGAUUUGCAACGGCGUGGACUCUGGUUUCUGUGGUGCUUCACGUGUGGGAAUGUCAAAUUUCGUCACUCCGUUGUGAUCUAGGUUCAGGACUCUGAGGGUGUCGAACUGGAUUCGCGUUGCAGUUCUCCGACAUUGGAUGAGGUGGCGCAUAAUGUGCCCGAGCUGAAGUAACGCUGGAAGGUUAGCUAGGGGUGAUGCACCUCCCUUCAGUAAUAAACAUUUUGUCCAAAGGAGUGUAGACAAGCAUCACCCUGAAGAGAUGCCACCUGAUAGAUAGGGUUCCUACCGUAACCACGUCAAUAAUCUCGAUGCGAGGGCGACUUUUGAUUGCCUCGGGAUCCCCCGCGCAGGCUGCCAAUUCAACCAGUCCGGACUCGGAGACGCUCAGGCGGACAUGCCCUCGUCCAAAUGUCGAAAUUGGGCCAUCGAUAAAAUUAGGCGAAUUUCGUUGCGAGUUGUAGUCUGCUGAAGGGCGGACACAUUUCAUGGACUCCACACCAUUAUGCAACGUACACUACUAACAAGACCCCGCGUCCUCGAACCCUAACUCACUCUACACCGCCACAGUUUUGGAGUUACCGACUCGACAAUACGAGUAUCAGCCUGACUGGCAUUCCCGGUCACAGCCGGUCGGACAUGCGGUGGGUAAGAGAAAGUAGACUUGACUGGGUAGAACAAUUUUAAUUUUCGGUUAAAACAAUUGUAAUCUUCAUAAUAAUUAGUUUAAUCGGACUUUUAAUUUUCAAAAUUAUUCUAGUAUAGACGUGA